AUCAGAUAACCCCCUCAGCCACCAUCCUCACGACAGAUGAUUGUGUCAAUGGCUGGCUGGGACCGGUUUCGACGAGUGCUACACCAACAAGUGAUGCUAAUAGCAAAUGAAAGACGGUCCCGAGUCCACGAAUUCCCUUGGCCGGGUUGCUAUUUUCGUCCUGUCGAAUACCGGUACUAAAGACGUGACCAGCUCAGUGUAGAAGCUAUUGGCAGGCUUUUCCAUCCCAUCACUGACUGAGAAAACCGAGGGUAGGAAAGUUUUUUAAGUGGCAUGCUCCGCUUCGUUGAAACGCUGACUACGAAGUUCUAGUUCUCAGAGUCACGGUGCUGUAACGUCCCGGUGAGUGAGGUAAGGCCAAUUGCCAAAGGAGGAUGUUCAAUAAUUAUUUUGCCGAUGAAAAGGGUGAAAAACCUGGCUGUAGAUCUACUACGUCUAGAAGGUAGAAACACACGCUCGAAUGAUCUACCCCACACACCACUACCAUGACUACUGGCACUAGCCUCAAAAUACAAUCGGGGCUUGGUCAUGUGUGAUUGAGGUCUGUCUCUCUCUCUCCGCUGGACUCCAGUCAGCGCCCUGCAGACGAGGCUCGACUGACAAAUCAGUGGCAACUCUCUUCAGACAGCAGGUUCGCUGUCAUGUCACGAAGCUAUCCGCCUCUCGUUUUGCCUCAAUCGGGCCUGGUCGUCGGUGACAGCGGUCCGGUACUGAAGCAAGAGCUCUCCAGUCAGCGGUUGGAGACCAGGCUCGACUGCCACAUCAGUGGCAACUCUCUUCACUGAUUGUCUUCUGCAGGUAGGCUUCACUGUCAUGGCACGAAACUCGUUGUGACACCAUCGCCAUCGGCGUAAUGUCAUUGGUAGACUGACCUGCACUGCACUGCACGCGCACAGCCACUAUGCGGCUUAUUAUUAUGCCUAUGGCCACAGGUCUACGCAAGGGCAUCACUGCACGGCAGAUCUACAGCUACUAUGAGUCGUAAAUCAGAUUCUACAAGUAGCUUCAUUCGCAAGAAUGGAGCGGGAACGAAAAUGAGGCUUCCUUCGAGGCGUUUGGACUAAAAUUGAAGCUCCAGUCCUUGCGAAGCUUGGAAUGCUCUGGAUUUGAUCGAGCGGAAAUUACCAACUGCUGAUGUCGUCCUCCGAAAUUCCCACAAAGGACAGAGCGUGGACUGGUUCGAGAGAAGAACGCGAGGAAGCGUACGUACUCAGUGGAAUCAGCAGAGAAGCACAGCCGCCGGACCAGCUUCCAGCGAACAACAAUGAGCGUGGGUGUUCGAUGCAACCGGAUGAGUUACUAGAUUUGGCAAAGUCGAACAGAAUCAUCCAUCGGAGAGAGAACAUGUCGUGCCGGGGUAACUCGCCAAAGGCUAUUGCUGAACCAGUUGAGUACAAUUUGGAUGAUGACGACCCGUACAAUGAAUAUGCAUACUCGUACUCUGAGUAUGCGCAGUCUGGUGAAAUACCAACAGGAACAAGAAACGCCAGCUUGGAGCAGUCACAGCCGACACCAUCAGUGCAACCUGCGGAUCACAAGAGUGGGAAACCCCCUAAUCUACUAGCAUUAGGCGAGCCCCGAUGCACAUCAACUGAUGUCCGCCGGGAAUCCGAGUGUGGUCGCGCACCGGAGUAUAAGAUCAUGAAAGGUGACAUGGGCCAUGCUGUUGGAGAUCCGUCAAGCUGUAGGUUAUGUAAAGAAGGUACAACGGAUAGUCUCGGCUCACAAUGGACGAGGUCUGGUGAGCAAAUAAUUGCCAGUGGGUUGGCAAAGGAUGCUCAAGAAAGUGCAGAGCUCAUGCAUUCAGACGCCAGGGACGAUGACGAGUGCAAGUGUCCAGCAAUAUCAGAUGUAUCAGCUGGUGUAGCAGAGUCGGGUGCCAUCAGCCCGCGGCAGAGGGAAAACACGUAUCGCAGCAACUCCUUGGAAGACGAUGUUGAAAGGCCAGUGGAGUACAAUUUUGAUGAUGAUGACCCAUACAAUGAGUACGUGUACUCUGGGGUGGUGCAGUUUGGCAGAAUGCCCGCAGGAGCAAGAACCAGCAGUCUGGACCGGUCAAAGCAGACGUCGCCAAGACAACCUCACGCUGGGACCGGGAGAUCUCCUAAUCCACUACCUAAGUCACUGAACAUGACACCCGCUGUCCGCCGGGAAUCCAAGAGUGGUCGCGAACCAGAGUAUAUGAUAAUGAAAGGUGACACAGGCUGUGCUGUUGGAGAUCCGCCAAGCAGUAGUUUACGUAAGGAGGGUACAAAGGACAUUCUCGGCUCACAAUGCACGAGGUCUGGUGAGCAAAUAAUUGCCAGUGGGUUGGCAACGGAUGCUGAGGAAAGUGCAGAGCUCACGCCGCAGCAUUCAGAGAUUGAAUCCAUGACAGUGAACACUGAUUGGAGAGGUGGUGAUGCUGCUGUUGCUUUUAACCGUGACUGUGGUCUUCAUGCGUACCACGCUGUGCCAGCAUCGAUACAUAGCAAGUCACCUCCGUGUGCACAGCUGGUUGUGUCCAGUUCGAGCAGGCCUGCUUCUGAGCGCAAAUGUCACCUUGAGGACGUGCAAUUGGCCAGCGAAAACAUGAAAGAAACAUCUGUCGUUGAGCAACUCGCCAGGGACGAUGACGAGUGCAAGUGUCCAGCAAUAUCAGAUGUGUCAGCUGCUGUAGCAGAGUCGGGUGCCAUCAGCCCGCGGCAGAGAGAAACCUCGUGUCGAAGCAACUCCUUGGAAGACAAUGUUACCAGGCCAGUGGAGUACAAUUUUGAUGAUGAUGACCCAUACAAUGAGUAUGUGUACUCUGGGGUGGUGCAGUUUGGCAGAAUGCCCGCAGGAGCAAGAACCAGCAGUCUGGACCGGUCAAAGCGGACGUCGCCAAGACCUCAUGCUAGGACCGGGAGGUCUCCUAAUCCACUACCCAAGUCACCUGGCAUGACAUCCACUGUCCGCCGGGAAUCCAAGAGUGGUCGCGAACCAGAGUAUAUGAUAAUGAAAGGUGACACAGGCUGUGCUGUUGGAGAUCCGCCAAGCAGUAGUUUACGUAAGGAGGGUACAAAGGACAUUCUCGGCUCACAACGCACGAGCUCUGGUGACCAAAUAAUUGCCAGUGGGUCGGCAACGGAUGCUGAGGAAAGUGCAGAGCUCAUGCCGCAGCAUUCAGAGAUUGAAUCCGUGACAGUGAACACUGAUUGGGGAGGUGGUGAUGCUGCUGAUGCUGAUGUUGCUUUUAACCGUGACUGUGGUCUUCAUGCGUACCACGCUGUGCCAGCAGCGACACAUAGCAAGUCACCUCCGUGUGCACAGCUGGUUGUGUCCAGUGCAAGCAGGCCUGCUUCUGAGCGCAAAUGUCACCUUGAGGACGUGCAAUUGGCCAGCGGAAAAACGAAAGAAACAUCUUUCGUUGAGCAACUUGCCAGGAACGAUGACGAGUGCAAGUGUCCAGCAAUAUCAGAUGUGUCAGCUGCUGUAGCAGAGUCGGGUGCCAUCACCCCGCGGCAGAGAGAAACCUCGUGUCGAAGCAACUCCUUGGAAGACAAUGUUACCAGGCCAGUGGAGUACAAUUUUGAUGAUGAUGACCCAUACAAUGAGUAUGUGUACUCCGGGGCAGUGCAGUUUGGCAGAAUGCCCACAGGAGCAAGAACCAGCAGUCUGGACCGGUCAGAGCAGACGUCGCCAAGACAACCUCAUGCUUGGGCCGGGAGGUAUCCUAAUCCACUACCCAAGUCACCGAACAUGACCCCUGAUGACCGCCGGGAAUCCGGGAGUGAUGAACCCGAGUACAUGACUAUGAAAAGUGUGAACGACUAUAUGUACGUUAGAGUUGGGACUCCGGAAAGGUUUCCUUUUCUCCACAGCUUGAGCGUGCCACAUGCCAGCUGUAGGCACGAACCAAUGCACCAAGGCGAUGAAGCAGAGAUUCAGGAGAAAGUCAAGCUCACAUCAGCAGCUGAAUAUGCAAUGAUUCCCUGCAGGUCUGAAAACACUGCCUGCGCUGCUGCUGCUUCUGAUGAUGACAAUGAUGAUGAUGGGUGUGGUGCUCGGCUGGGAGAGACUACAGAACGUCAUGGCUUCUUUGCGCACACACGUGUGACUUUGCCACGGUCAAGCUCUCCACCUAGGUUGCCACCAAGAUCUGAGCUCAGGAAUACUGUAGGUCACCAGCACCAACCCAGACUCACGGCGGCGGCAGGGCAAGCAGAUCAAGCCUACGCAUCACGCAAACGAUCUAAUGCAAUGUCGCACACUGCGCAUGACCAUAGAUCACAGCCCAGGCACAUGCUUGGUGCCUACAGAGGGAACUCAAUUCCCAGAAACUGGAAAAUCAAAGAGCCGAUUGUCAACGCACCCGCUCUGGACGGUGAGUGUCCAAAGUCCAAUCCUCCCUCGCUGCUGCUACUGCCUGCAUCGUGGAAGCUAGAGGAUAGUCGUCAACCCGGCAGUAUGUCAGCGAGAAGGCAUCUACCCGGCGGUUGUUACUGGACUCCGGUUCUUAAACGCAAACCACGCGUUUAAUGCAGUAUGUAGUAAGAUGUUGUGUUGAUGCGGGGAAAAAAGAUCAAAACAUAGCCUGGUAUGCGUCACUACCAAUCCUAAUGCCCGCCCUCAAGAUUUUGGCUUCUCUGACUCGGCUUCCAUGACAUCACAAAGAUGGAAGACUGUGAAUGGGAACGAGUAGUGUACUUUGAACCGACUUGAUCCAUUACUCUCAGCAUUAUAUGAAUGACGAUACCUCCACACACCCAUGGGGCAUGCAGUAUGACCCAUGCAGUAUGACCCAUGCAGUAUGACCCAUGCAGUAUGACCCAUGCAGUAUGACCCAUGCAGUAUGACCCAUGCAGUAUGACCCAUGCAGUAUGACCCAUGCAGUAUGACCCAUGCAGUAUGACCCACACCCAUGGCCAUGCAGUAUGACCCAUGCAGUAUGACCCAUGCAGUAUGACCCAUGCAGUAUGACCCAUGCAGUAUGACCCAUGCAGUAUGACCCAUGCAGUAUGACCCAUGCAGUAUGACCCAUGCAGUAUGACCCAUGCAUUGCACAGUAAAACCCGCUGUGUUUGCCGGACCCUGUGUGACCAAGCUGAAUCCUGUAUUGACUGGACAAAUUGUCAUGAUUGUACCAAAGUGCUGUGGAUCAAACGUGCAUCCCUGGAUCAAGCGGAAUCCUGUCAUAUCAAGAUAGUUUCUGCUGCACCAACAACGUCCAGUUAGGGCACGUUUUACCGUAUUUUACGUAUCCAACUCAAGGAACUCGAUGAUUUGCCAUUGCCGCAAAACAGUGCAACUCAUCUUUGACCUGAUAACUGCUAUAACGAUGUGCCCAUGUUUCUGUAACCGUCAUUGUUUAGAUGUGGCCAGCAGCCUGUACUCAUGUACAAGUACACUGCACUGGCAGUGAAUGAUGGUACACGUACAUUGAUCAGUUGGAUACUGAGCUUGACUUGUGUAUGACUGUA